AUGUACGGUAAUGCAAGGCCUCCUCUACCGUGGUACAGCCGGGAACGAACACAACCUGACUCUUGGAAGCAAAUGUUAAAGGAAUUCCCCAACUCUUUCAGCCAUCCCCAAUACGGCCAUAUCCUCACCGCUAUAGCUCAAGCACAAGAGCUACCUCAUACGCCCUUUGCCAUCCGGAUAGGUGAUCUGAAAAACCCUACGAAAGACCAGGGCCUCACCGAAAACCGCGACAAAAUUCACCUAACGGCGACCUUCCUGGCCAUGUGCCUCACGUACCUGAAGACUUCCACCACUGGCACCAACUGGGGGGGCAACAGCCUCGCCUCUCACAGUCGCUCCCGGCCUAGGAAAGAUGUUACUCUCGUCCUCGAUAUUCCCAGCUCCCCCGACGUCUCCGACAUCCCCAACUCCCCCGAUGCCCCUGACGCCCCAGGUACUCCUGCCCCGGCUCCGGGCGCCGCCGCCAUGAGCACCGUCCUUUUCCGCAGCCUCGAGGAGCAGUACUCGUUGUGGGAACCGAAAACCACAAAUCAUCCAACAUCUGCCAACCACUAUGUCAUUGUGGGAAACAAUCUUCGAUCUAGAACCAAACCAGGCUGUCACUAUCAAGAAACAGAUAGCCGUCCUGCGUCGUUUCGACAAGAAAUUCGAGUCAGUCGACCAGGACAUCAGGGCAAUGUUGUCCAGGACCAGAUCGGCCGAUACGUGGGACCGGUUGAGAAGCACGGCAACCGCCUCGAUUGUCUCGAGGCCAAGCAACAGGGCAGCGGAAACUUCAUGCUCACUUGCCUGCAGAGGAUGGGCGAGUUCACCAACGAACUGGAGGCAGUGCGUGGGGAGUUGGCGACCACAGCAACAACACCAACAACGCCAACAACACCAGCACAAUGGCACCCGCGCACAGGAAGACCACAAAACGAUAUACAUCGGUUCGGGGACACGCCCUAA